GCCCUAAGAUGGCUACUCUCCAUCGAAUCGAGCAGCAGCGAUGGCCUCUCGGCCUCCCAAUGCGAUCUCCGCGCUCCUCCUCCUCCUCCUCCUCCUCCGCCAGGAUCUCCUCACUGCGCGUCUCGCGCUACUGCUGCAUUGUGGCGACAGCGGCGGAAUCCACAGCGGCGGAAGCUGCUCCGCCAAAGAGGGGCCCUAGGGAGACGAGGGACGUGAGCAAGGGCCCGAGCGGUGGAGCGAGCGCGGGGGACAUUGGCAGGGGAAUGGGUGCUGAAUUCGACACCGUGGUCACGAACUCGGUAGGGAGCGCCUCUUUCAAGAUCGCCAAGGUUCCCACCAUGGAGGAGCGGGAUUUCCGUGCUGCUGCUGUGAUCGAGGUCGCGGAUGUUGCUCAAGGUGUUCGAUGCAUCACUGUCGACGCCGAGUGCUCCAGAGAGUUUAUUCCCCGGGAGCAAGCAUACACAAAGUCUGGACAAAUGGCCCAAGUUCGCUUCCUUGGCCAAGAGAGCUCCAUCAAGGUCCCAGUGUCGAGCUCUCCCUUCUCCUGGGAAGUAAACCAUGCCGUCACCAUGAAGGCCAGAGCCGACGUUCCUUCGGGCACGCAAAAGCUUCCGCAAUUCUUCCUCUCCGUCAAGAGUCCCCUCCAGCUUCACGUCACCGAGUCGGAAGCACCGGAGUUUUAUGGAUUGAAACAAGGAGAUGAGAUCGAGCUGGGGCCACUCGACUCCAGCGGGAUGGACUUGCGGCCAGUGCUUUUCAUCACCCAGUAUCCAACGCUGUUGAUAUUCGCGCAGGGGAAAGGCAUAGCCGCGGCCAAGGCAUUGAUCGAGACGAAAGAUGCCGAUGUGAGUAGCCUCAACUUACGGCUGCGGCGGGACGUCCGGCUCUUCUACGUAGCUCCAAGGCCAGAACUACUAGCGUACAAGGAAAAGUUCGCAGAGUGGGAGAAGAAGAAGGUGAAAGUUUGCACUUCGGUUGAGGCUGCCAACGAUCAAUGGGACGGCCAAGUUGGAUCGUUCCAGGAACUAUGGGACGAGGAUGAUCUAGAGUAUGAUCCGAGGAGCACAGCAGUGGUGGUAUGCGCCGAGGCCGGGGCUGAGCAGGAGCUGGACGAACUCUUGGAGAAUGCCGACAUUGUAAAGGAGCAGACUGUCAAAUGGAUCAUCUAAACCCAAAACCCUGAAACUCCAAAAACCUUCUCGCUGAGCAAAGCGGAGUUUACUCCUCGUCCGGCUGCCAGGGCCAGCAGCUUCU